AACCCAGCCCAAAUUACCUGGAGCUGAUUCAACCAUUUCUUCUUCUAUGAUAUGUAAACUCGUUCGAUAUGAUCGAACAAGAGGAAGGAUCGAGUCGAACAACAAGUCCAGAUGAACCCGAGAUAGUUAUCGUGUCGCCGACGAGACCCGAAGAAGCAAAAGAAGUACUUGCAAGAUCGGAGCACGAGCAUGAGCAUGAGCAUGAGGGGGCUGGUAAGAGCUCUAGACAGCCUGAGAGCCAUCAUACCUGCAUCAUUGACAUAAAAAGCACUGGUGAGUCAAUGGAUGAUGCAAAUUCUAGUAAUGAAAAGGUUUGCAGGAUAUGUCAUUUGAGUUCCGACGAGUCGGUAAGUUCAGACCUCGUAAACCUCGGAUGUCGCUGCAAAGGCGAGCUCGGAAUGUCCCACCGUGACUGCGCCGAGAUUUGGUUUAUGCAUAGAGGCAACAGACAGUGUGAGAUAUGUGGUCAGACAGCUACAAACGUGCGGGGAAACAGGAGCAGCGUUUUCAUGAUACAGAGGAAUGAGAGGAGGAUGGUAGCAAGCUCAAGCGUGUCGGCAGUGUCCUUGGACAACGAGGUUCCGUUAUCAUGUUGCUGGGGGCAGCGGUUCUGUAAUUUUCUAUUGACAUGCACGGUUCUAGCCUUCCUCCUCCCAUGGUUUUUUCGAUUCAAUUUCUUCUGAUGAUGAGUGAUGGCUUUGCUCGAACAUCCUAUCAUCACAUUAACCAGCAAUAAAGUCAAAAAUUAUAGCUUAUACUUGCAUGCUAUAGCUUUUGAGUAUAAUACUGUGUGGGGGAGGGAACUUGAAUUCAUGACCUCUUCGGUCGAUGAUAUAACGCUUUAAUAACGUUAACCAAUUGAACUGUGAUUAGGUUGGUACAAACAUAGUAUUUAAAAGGGAAGAAAACAUACCAAAUGCCAAGGAAA